AACUCCGGGGGAAACCCAAACGAAAACAAGCCACGGGACACGAAUCAGCUGGAUUUGUUUUGACGGAUUUCUAUCCUUAAAAAUUACAGUUUGAGUAUAAUAUAGCAACAGUUUGUAAUUUGGCUUUCGUUUCUAUCGUGGUAAGUCGUUCGUACUGGGCAAACAAUGGAGGAGCAACACAAAAGAAUCCUUCGCCGAAACCGAGUUCAUCUGGUGAAGGAGCUGGACCUGUCAGACCUCUGUGGUGUUCUUCUGAAAAAAGGAGUGUUCACCCAAAGCAUGAUCAACGACAUUAAGAACUGUGAGACCAAACGGGACCAGGCCCGGAAGUUGGUCAAGGACUUGGAGACCCGCGGGAGUGAAGCGUUUGCGAUAUUUCUGGCGAGUCUUCAGGAGACGGGUCAGCGAGACCUGCUGGGGCUGCUCCAGAAAACACUUCCAGGAGUCCAGUUCCAGCCUGUAAAACCCACGCAGGAGCUCUACCCUCUGAUCCACCCUCCUCAUGAUGUGAAUGAUGACAAAUACAUUGAAGAUUCUGUCCCAAAGAAGCCCAAGACCCAUCAAGGUCCAUCACCUGACGACGUGUUUAAGGGGCCAGAGACCAGACCACGACGGGACAGCAUUCAGCCCUAUAAGAUGGACGCCAAGCCAUGUGGCCUUUGUCUUAUCAUAAACAACGUUGAAUUUGAGCCGAAGAGCGAACUGAACACUCGCAGAGGAUCCAACGUGGACUGCGACAAACUCGAGAAAAGAUUCAAGUCGCUUAACUUCAUCGUGGAAGUCCGGACAAACCUGAAACAAAAACAAAUCAAAUCUGAGCUGUCAGCUCUGUCUAGGAAGGAUCAUUUAAUGUACGACUGCUGUGUGGUGAUUAUACUCUCACAUGGGACAGAGGUGAGCCACAACCGCUUCCCCGGUGCGGUGUACGGUGUGGAUGGACUUUACGUCUCAGUUCAGGAGAUCACAAACUACCUCAACGGCCAGCAUUGCCCCUCCUUACAAGGAAAACCGAAGAUUUUCUUCAUCCAGGCCUGUGGGGGAGGGGAAAAAGACACUGGCUUUGAGGUGUCCCCCGAAGAGGCUAAACCUUCCAUCGGUAGAGACGGUGACCAAACCGACGCCAUUCCCAUAUCGUCCAGCAGCGACUCUCUGAGCACGUCGGAUGAAGUCGAUGCCAGAGCGACGCUGCCCACCCCCAGUGACAUCCUGGUCUCUUACUCUACUUUCCCCGGCUACGUUUCCUGGAGAGAUCCGGCCGCUGGCUCCUGGUAUGUGGAGGUUCUGGACAGCAUUCUAGAGGAAAAUGCUGCAAUUCUAGACCUGGCAACAAUGUUGAUGAUGGUAAACAACGAGGUUUCCCAAAACUCUGCUAAAGGCCUCUACAAACAAAUGCCGGGUUCCUUCAAUUUCCUCCGCAAGCACCUCUACUUCCAAACCUCAGAGCAAUGGAAGACAACACCACUGCAUUGAAGCAAACUUCUUUCUUGCAUAGUGUAUAGCAGAAAUGGAUUUGUUGUCUUGUUGUACCAGAUAAUUCUGUUAUCUAAAUGCCUUCCUGGUUGAAGCCUGUGACGUGGGUGUUGUUUUGAUGCUGAUGCAUGUUUGUAAGGGCCAUUCUAUUGUCUUAUAUUCUAUGUAGCAGUUUUUAGAUGGAAAAAAAAAUCAACUUUGCUGUGAGAUCUACUGCUGUUUACCAGAAUCUGCUCUGAGCUCAACUUUUGUUUGUUGCCUUUCUUUAUGAAGCUGAAACUGUUUUCACAAUCGGUCAGGAUGAGAGGAAAAAAAGAGGAUUCUAGAAUGUAAUGUUCUAUAAUAAGGGUGUGUUUUGUCUGUUUUUCUCUGUAUUCAUGUAUUAUUCAAAAUAAAUGCUAAAUGUUCUAAAUCUC